GAUGAGAUGGGCUAAUUUAUUUUUUAGAAUAUUUUCUGCUCUACAUUGUACAAUCUAGCUAUUGCUAUUUUAAGACUUGAAGUGUACCUCUGAAAUAUUGAGAAAUAUUUGUUCGUUUCUAGUAUAAUCAGUUUUUAUUUUCCGGCAACCGAAAACUGUCUAUUGUGUUAAUAAAUGUUAUAAACAGAAGGAUCAGCUAAUCAUAAAGCAAAUAUUUGCUAUGCAUCAAGUUAAUGAAGAAUUUUUUGCAGAGCGAUCCAAAGGACCCAGACAUAAAAUUUUCAAGCGGGAAACUAAUAAGGGUCGUGUAAACCAAAGAUUCACAGAUCAAUAUUAUGUUGAUAAUGAUAUCAUUAUAGCUAAAAGACAACAUUCAUUAACUGACCAAAAUGAUGUUCCAAUUUAUGAAAAAUUCUUACGCCCCGUUGUGUAUACGGACACUAAAUACGACUAUUGUAAUGAUGUAUUAUCUAUUUCGCAUUCAAAUUAUUCUGAUCGAGAUUAUAACGAUACAUCAUAUUUUGGGGAAGAACCAUCUCAAGGAAUAGAUGCGGAGCAUGUAUUUCGUAAUUUGACUGCAAUAGGACGAUUCUUGGAAAUAUUACAGACGGUGCCAUUACCACGUUUAUCUCUUACCACAGCGUGCAUUUGUUUCAUUAUUGCAAUAUUUAUUUCACCACGCCCUUGUGUUGAAAAUAUUAUUUUUCCUGCUUUCAGAUUAACAUUUGGAACUCUUUAUCCAGCUUAUGCAUCUUACAAAGCUGUUCGCACAAAGAAUGUAAAAGAAUAUGUUAAAUGGAUGAUGUAUUGGAUUGUUUACGCAUUUUUUACAUGCACUGAAACUUUUACCGACAUCUUCCUUUCCUGGUUUCCAUUUUAUUAUGAGGUCAAAGUGAUUAUAGUAUUAUGGUUGCUUUCUCCUGCAACCAAAGGUAGUUCAACACUGUAUCGUAAAUUUGUACAUCCAAUGUUGACCCGACGUGAACAGGAAAUUGACGAGUAUCUAAACCAAGCCAAAGAACGUGGAUAUUCUGCUGUAUUACAAUUAGGUUCCAAGGGUGUAAACUAUGCCACCAACGUCAUAAUGCAGACUGCAAUAAAGACUUUUCAUUACGGUUUAAAUGCUACAAAUCACCAACAAAGCAUAUUGCCAUCGUCCCAAUCAGAUGAUGACAUUUAUGCUCGACGAAGUAUACGAAAUGGAAAAGAAUUCGAUGAAAUUGAUAAUGCCCAGUGGGUGCCAAAAUCCAGUUCAUUAAAUUCAAUGCCUUCAAUGCAUGUAGAGUUCUCCGAAGACGAUGAACAGAUUUUUGAUAUUGCAAUAGAUGAAGAAGAAAGUAUUGCAACUGAAGACGCAGGAGCUGCACGGAUACGCGAUCCCCCUGGUGGAGGCAAUUUGGUGCAAACUAUUAGGCGUAGUUACAGUCUAAGUGAUCUUUCGGAACCAGAUAUACAUCGUACUGAAGAUGAGGUUGAUGAUGUUGUUACAAUGCGACCUCAACAAAGAAUGUUACGACAACGUUUAAAUACUCCAGUAGGACGAUCAGCUUCUGGUACACGCCAUUCAACUGGUAUGUACUUUACAGAAGUGGAUGUUUCUGCAAAAGGAGCAGGAGAUUUCAAUUAUAACAUUCGCUCUUCAGAUGAUAUCAGUUCGGGAUAUUCUAGUGCCGAACCCAUUUCUGGUGGUUUAAGCCGCACAUCUUCUAUGUCUAACGCUUCUAAAUCACGAUUAAAAGCAAAGCGAUCAGAGGUUGAAUUUAACACAUAUGAAGACAGGCUAAACUUUGAAUUAGACUCUAAAUUGUCUGAAAACGAAGAUGAAUAUAGAGACAAAAUGAAUCAUGAAUCUGAAAUGGAUCUGGUAUUUGAAGAUAACAUAGAUACUAUCGAAAAACAAAAUUUUGAACAAAGCACAGAAGAAUACUUUGAAACCAAAUCAAACGCAUCAGACUAUACAUCGGAUAUGGAAGAUAAUAAUUUAAACAAUAGUAUAGAAGACCAGAAAUUUGUUUCAUCAGAUCCAUAUAAUAAUUCAUUCCUACAUAAAUCUAUUAAUUUAAAUGAAAUGCGUACGAGUUUAAAAGAAAUUGAAAAUAAUUUCCGAACAAAUAUCAAAGGAUCUUGUACUAGUAACUACAACACCCAAAAGGCCUAUGUUCAUAAGAAAGGAAAAGCGCCACAACCACCCACCGCUCAGCCGACUUUAAAUAUUAAAAACUCAGACCAAUUAAGAAAAUGCAGUCUUAAGGAAACCGAAAUAUAAAAACAUUUGUAAUUACGGAAAAAAUGUCAGCCAGUUGUACAACAUUACCACGGAGCAAAAAGAAUGAAAAAACCAUAACAGCAACCGCAUUGGCCAAAACACGAGCUAAACAUGAAAAGUAAUUAAAAUCGGACUAAUAUUAUAAUUAUUAGUAUAUAGAGAAAAAGUUAAUAAUAGAAAAUAAAAUAAACAAUUUAAAUAUUAA